GCUGACGAGAAAUUAGUUGAAGAGCAUUUUUCAAAGUAUGGAAAAAUUAGAGAAGUGUCAAUUCUACGCAAAAAAGAUGGAAAGAUGGUGGGAUGUGCCUUUGUUCAGUUUAAUGAAAAAGCAGAAGCACUGAAAGCUAUUACAGAGUGCAAUAUGAAACCCUUGUUAGGAAGGCUAAUUGCUGUGGAUUUAGCUGUAGAAAAAGAAAAAUUUAUGCCAUAUAAAACUAGUACUGAAAUUUCCAUGGAUGUAGAUAAAGUUAAAGAAAUAAAGGUCAAGGAAGAGGUAUUAAGUUAUGAUGAAAAAGAAGAUAGUGAUGAGGAAGAUGAUGAUAUAAAGACAGAGAUAAAAGAGGAAAAAGAAAGUAGCAAUGAACUUAGUGACAGUGAAUUAGAUGAUGGUGAUGAAUCAUACAGUAGUAAGAGUGAGGAUGAUGAUGAUGAUGAGGAAGAACCUAUGCCAGUUAAGGCAAAAUUUCCUGCUGCACAAGGCCCAAGUAAGGAUAUCACAGAAGAGAGGACAUUAUUCUUGAAAAAUCUCCCAUUCGCUGCCACUGACGAAGAUAUUGCAGAAGUCUUGCGAAAAUUUGGAGAGUUGAAGUAUGUACUCCUUUGUAUAGACCAACUCACUGAACAUCCACGUGGAACAGCAUUUGCUCAAUUCAAGGAACGUGAAGCAGCUGAUGCGUGCUUAGCAGCAGCAACAAACCCUGCUGCAAAGAAUGAAUUUAUUCUUUAUGGUCGGCCCAUGCACAUCAUGAGAGCUAUUAGCAGAAUGGAGCUAGAGAGGAAGAAAAGUGAGAAGGAUCUAGAAAAAAUAACGAAAGAUAAAAGAAAUCUUUACUUGGCUCGUGAAGGAUGUAAGAAAACACUUCCUUUAAUGUUUACAGAUAAUAUCUUGUACAUAGGUUCAAUGAAAUACAGGAAAAUCAGAGUUAUUUGCUUAACUUCAGUAUACCCAAAUUGGUACAAACAACUACAUGCAAUUUUCAGCAAGCAUGCACCAGAUGGUGCCAAAAUCACUGAGGCUCGAAUAAUGCGAGAUUUUAGAAAUCUAAAUGAAAAUGGUAUACCCAAGAGCCGUGGAUAUGGCUUUGUCACCUUCACGGAACAUGAACAUGCCCUUGCUGCCCUUCGGAAAAUCAACAAUAAUCCUGAUAUAUUCACUAAUGAUCAAAGGCCUAUUGUUGAGUUUUCUUUGGAAAAUCGAUCAGUCCUAAAGGCUCGGCAGAAACGUAUGGAGAAGAGCAAAGAAAAGAACCCCUUGUGGAAAAAGGACAGACAUAAUAUAAAGCAGGAUGCCAUUAAGAUAGAUAAACAAACCACUAGUGAGAUAAAGAAGCAGCCUGUGAAAAUGAGUGAAGUUUCUGAGGGAGAGAGUCAGCCUAUGUUCAUGGGCUCAAAGUCUGAUCCCUGUAACAAAAAUCUCCCUGUGAAUUAUGGACCAAAGAUACGACAUCGAGAAAGGGAUAUUAAAGGCAAAACAAAAAUCAGCAGAAAACAGUUUAGAAAAGAACAGAGAGAUCGAGCCCUCGGUAGAAAAAGAAAGCGGCCAGAACACGAAGACCGUGGAGAAUCUUCAUCCAUAAAUCCUCAAGAAGCAUCAGAAGGUCAGGCAAAAAAGAAGAGAAAAAGGAACAAAAAGAAGAUAAGCAAGAAAAUGAAAGCAGAUAUUAAGGAUGAAAGAGCAUUUAAUGCAAUAGUGCAGAAGUACAAAGCAAAAAUAUCAUCUGUGAAUUCAGUAUCUAGUAAAAAAUGGUAUGAAGACUAAUUAUCAUUCUCAAGUGCAAAACCUUGAAGAAUCAUAGUGUCUUUGGAAUAGGUGAUCAGGUUUCAUUAUCAUUUUGUUAGCGAAGUCAUUUUGAAUGUUGACAUAUAAUUACUUUAAAUAUAUAACAUUGAAAUAUAAUUACAGCAGUACUGUACAGUUCAUAUAGUCUUAUUGUACACUGACUGAAAUAAUUUCUAUAUCAAAUAUAUUUUAUCUUUUAAAUUAAAUUGUAGUACAGUACUCAUGGGAAAGCACUAAAUCCAUAAGGGUCUAGUGAGGAAUUGGAGGUAAUGAAGUUGGAUCCAAAGGGAAAUAGUUCCAGUCUCAUGAUCAAGAACCCUUCAUAGAUUUCAUUAGGGAGGUUAACUAAAAUUUAAGCUAUUUGAUAGUCUUCCACUGUAUUUUUUUUUUUAACACAUCCGUUUCUCACCGAGGCAGGGUGUAUUGUAUACUUUAAAAAUGAAUGUAUAAUUGGGCAGAGAAAAUGCAUCUUACUGAAAUGUGUUUAACACUGGCCAUCUCCCACUAAGAAAGGAUAACCCUUAAAAAAUUCAUUCAUCUGAUAGCUCUCCUGCCAGAAGUGUAUUUUCACUCCUGUAUAUUGGCCACACACAACCUAACCUUUGCAUUUUCCUCCUUUAGCACAUCCCUCCCCUGCAGUGCUAUGUGACCUUUCAGGCUUAGUGCUUAAUUUCAUAUUAUUAUUGCCAGAAGUACACACACAUUACAGUUCAGAUGACCCUCCAAUCUACUGGUUAAUCGGUUUCCCUGAAUCCAUCAAACCAUAUACGUACAUCAAUUGUUUCCAUGCACUCCAAUCUAACAUGCUCACAAAGUGUUAGAUGCUCAACCCCCUAGCUCUCAUUUCCCUCCCAACCCUUUCUGGGAUGACCCAUACCCCUAAUUCCUUCCAACCCAGAUUUGUACACCCUCUUGGUCAUCCUGGUCUGUGGCAUCCUCUCUAAAUUGUCUGCACAGUAUUUAUGCCACACAUUACUCUCAAACCUGACAUCUCCGCUGCAACGUUCAAAGUCCACACCUCACACUUGUGUAAAUGUGUUGGUACCACUAUCCUCCAUAGAUAAAUUCUUUCUCACCACAUGCCUUGACACUUCAUGUACCUUUCAGCCCUUCGUCUAUUUUAUGAAUUGCCUCCUCUUUCACAAACCCAUCUGUUAGCCCUUUGACUGUCACAACCCCGAAUCCUGAAGUGUCUCCUGGUGUCGAAAAUUUUUUUGAAAAUUUUUUUAUGAAAUGAUAGAGAAUCUUUUCCCGAUGGUAAUGACACCAAAAGUACGAAAUUGGAUCGAAAACUUAGGGAAUUACGCUCCCGCGAAGUUAGCGAUCUUGGCGAUAUAUACGCAUCGGCGAUUCUGCCGACUUUGAGCCUUAUUUUCGGCCAAUUACAUUGUUCCAGUUAACCAAACUCAUAGCCAUUUCUUUAGAACUCCAUUUUUUCUAUCAAUCGAGUACAAGAAACCACUCAUUUACCGAUCUCAACUACCCAAUAAAGUGGUCAAAAUUUGGCAAUUUGGCCAAUUUCACACAAAUUAAAAAAGAUGCCAAUUUCAAAAUAGGGUUCAGAAUAAACAGUGCAGACAUUCUUGGCACUAAAAUAACAUAUCCUCGGAUUAUUAGUCAUGUCUCUAGGCCCCUCUUAUAUUACUCUUGCUUUCUGUUUUGAUUUUUUAUUCACAAAAAAUAGAAGAUUUACAGUUAUGCAGACUACUGCAUUAUUGUAAAAAUGGUAUAAAUAAUAUCAGUGCACUAAUGAAAGAAUAUUAGAUUCCCCAGUUGAUGUGUAUUGGACAUGUGGUGUGAUUUGCUUACUCUUGAACAUUGGUAAAAAUCAAACAUUUUGGCUACUUUGAGCUCAAUUUCCAGGUUGUUUUCAUUGUGAAACUAAUCAAAUCAUCUCUCUUUAUAUAAUCUGUUUUCCAUUCUAUCAAAUGAGACCAAGAAAACGAAAAUAGAACCAUAAAUACUAUAGGAAAAUACACCUCAAAGUCAGCGUUUUAAUCCAAAAACACUGUCAGAGGUUUUUUUCUCAUUAUGCACUGCGUGCUGCAGGUUUUUUUUUUUUUAUACAGUACACACUGACCACACAGACCCAUUCUCUCACAUGUGGGCCUACCAGCUUUCUCCUGCUUGAUUUGAAGCCGCUAGAAUUAUUGAGUAUAUAUACGUCUGAAACGCUGGCUCAUAAGACGUUUUAUACGCCCGAAACAGUCAGAGGGUUAACAUAUCUACAACCAGAUAUCUCAACACACUUCCUCCAUACUCCUUUCUUUAAGUCUGAUAUCCAGUCUUUCACUGCGUAGACUAUUAUUAUUGUCACCUUGCUCGUUUCAGUGUUUACUUUUAAUUUCUGUUAGCGCUCCCCCAUGAUUAUAAUAAUAAUUUUAAUUUCCUUUUACAUAUUCUCCACAAUGUUUUCAGAUUCUGUUAUAGAAUUUUCUUUUUUCCAAACACGUUGGCUGUCUCCCACCGAGACAAGGGUGACCCAAAGACACUUUCACCACCAUUCACACAAUCACUGUCUUUGCAGAGGUGCACAGAUACAACAGUUUAGAUGUCACUCCAAACAGUCAAUAUCCCAACCUCCUCCUCUAAAGUGCAGGCAUUGUACUUCCCACCUCCAGAACUCAAGUCCGGCUAACUGGUUUCUCUGAAUCCCUUAAAAAAAUAUUCACAAAAAAUAAACCUAUAGGGGUCAUUCAGUGCUGCAUAGAGAGUUAAUUUUAUUGAAUGUCUUUGAUUUACACUAAUGUACCAGUACAGCACAAUACUUGCACAAUGAUAUGAACUGUGUGAUGGUGCUCUAGGCUGGCAAUAGACCUGAAAAGAAAAAGUUAAUAAAUGUAUUAUACUGCA